AUGGCCGCCUUAGGAAACAUGUCUAACGCGCCUGAGAGAUUCGAGUUAUUCAUUCUCGGAGAUGGCGAGAAGAAGUGUACUGAGGAAGCCGAUACGCGCACCCCCAACUCUUCGAUUUUUACCUUCAACAAAGAAGACCACACUCUCGCCAACAUGUUGCGUGCUCAUUUGUUGAAAGAUCCGCAUGUUAUAUUUUCUGGUUAUAAGAUUCCUCAUCCUCUCUUUUCCAAAUUCGAACUCCGAAUCCAAACUGAUGGUGAGAUAACUCCCAAGGAGGCUCUUGUCGCUUGUUGCCGUAACUUGGUAUCCGAACUCGAGGUUUUCAGCCGCGAAUUCACAAAGGAGUUUGAGUUACGAAAGAUGGUCAGCGGUGACGUCGCGGCUGCCGACAAAUAAUUCAUUAUAUAAAAGGAUAAGUAUUUGCAGUUAUCUAGGGAUUGGGGCGUUUUCGGCAGAGGGAGGGGGGUAACACGGCGCAAAAUGGUAUGGGGUCUUGAGGUUCCAUCAUGAUCUGGGUUGGUUACAUGGAGCUACACUAAUUCCUCAGGGAGGAAUGCCCGCCAAUUUGCAUUGAACUUCAAGUAUUUGAGCAAUCGCAAAAGAUAUGUUUUCCUACACUGGAUCGUUUUUAUGAGUUAGUUGUCUAUGAGGUGAAAUAAGUGCGCGCUUCGUGCUUGAAGAGGAGCCGGCGCGGCGUCUUUAAACAUAACCAUAUCAAGUUGAAACGGGGAAAAGAGAGGUGUUGGAUUUGUGGCUCUGCAGGCACACAUAUAUGUGCAUAUAUGUGCGGCUUUCCAAUGCAUUUACUGCUGGUCAUGACUGAUAAGUCUAACCACAAAGGUCUAUCUUUUCUGUGUAGUCCUUACCUGUUCUUCAUGAAUCCGAGUCAAAGAUUGAAGGCCAGCACUACUCUAUUCAUAAAGUACACUCGCAGACACCAGCGGACAAUGGUCCAUCCGAUCUGAUUCAUUGGACUAAUUCUUGAGCAUUUCGCCUGGAGCUCAAUCUUUUGGGCAACAAAUAGUCUAUGGUAUGGGAACCAAAAAGCCAGGGCAGGUACAUUCAAGUAUAAGAAUGAAUUUUUUACCACGAGUACCCCAAAGUAUUUGUAUGCAUGCACAAACAUACCUAGAAGUCAAA